UAAGAGAUUAUAAGUUUAUAACAUCCUCAAAGUUAAAGCAAAGCAUUCAAAGAAACAUAUCUAUAUAUACAAUGGCCCUUUGCAAAGUUGGUAUCCUUUCUCUGCUCCUAUUGUCUGGUAUAUUUCUUUUGGGAAUUGAGGUGGAAAAUGCAAAUGCACAAAAGAUGUGUCUCCAGUAUUGUGACCCUGAAGUGGCUUACAUGACUUGCCCAUCUUCAGGAGAUAAGCAAAUUAAUGAAGUUUGCGUCAACUGUUGCACAGCAGGCGAAGGUUGUAAAUUGUUCCGCACUGAUGGAUCACUAAUUUGUACCGGAACCCCUGAAUAGUCCAUCCUUGUCAAUAUUUAAUAAGUAGUAAUUAAUAUCUUUAUAAUUCGUAUUCGUGUGUAAUAAGGCCCCAGUUAUUACUCUGGCGAUCUCUAAUGUGCAAUAUUAAUAAGGUCGUCCUAGUUAUUCGUCUAGGAUAUUAAGGAUUUCAAUGAAAUUUACAUUGUUAUA